UCUGUCAUAUCGUAUGGCGGUCACAACACAGGUUACCAAACCAAUCUUUUUAGAAAAAGAAAUAGUAUCGAUUCAGGAAGUGGAAAAAAUGAAAAAAAUCAAUUUGGUAGUUCACAGGAAGUAAUUGAAGUAGCAAGCGGUGAGGGAAACACCGUUGCGUCAUCUGGUUCUUCGACGGGCGAUGAACAGUUCGACAGUAGUGGUGUUCUCGACGUAGAGUUGCAAAGUGGAAGCGGCGACGGCGAUGACUCAUCCGACAAUGAAAUUCAAAAGGAAAAUGCCCAAAUCAGACUGAACGGCAAACGCCUUCAUUCAAUCUCAGAAGCCAUUACCAAGCUUCUUAAUUCAGGACGGAAGAGACUUGACACUCUCACACAUGGGAAAUACUCUGAUAUAAAGAAAAAAUCUUCAGGUCCUGUUGUGCAUGCCUACGUCUCUGAUAACCACUACGACAACUAUGAAGACCCAAUCCCCUCAAAACUAUAUCGUAAGAAUAUGCUGCACCAUCGCCAACACCACCGCCCCCAUUAUUAUCGUCAUCGACGUCUCCCUAGUGAAAUGGACUAUAUGCAGAUGCCGUAUAAUCCCUACGAUGAAUUCCCCAUGGAUUAUAAUGAGGAUGUGGCUAAAUUUUCCCCCUAUAAGAAGCCGAUGUAUCUUUAUUACCCGGAGAUGUUGCCUCGUCGGUAUGAUACGAUACCACAGCAGUACCCUGGGGGAUUGACAGAAAACAUGCAACAAGAGGAGGUGGAGAGAGCCAUUUUGUCCAACUAUGCUUUGCAACAGGAAUUUGCAGGACUGCAAUUCCUCUCGUGCCAUCCUAAUCCCUGCAAACACAAAGGACGAUGUCGUAGAGUUGGACUUGUAUACAAAUGUAUAUGUAAGCGAGGUUUUACUGGAAAACACUGUCAUAUUCGAAGAAAAGAUCGAUGUCGCCCCAGUCCCUGCUUUAAUGGUGGCUCAUGUACUGAAGUGGCAAAUGGAUACGAGUGUACCUGCCAAGAUGGAUACAAAGGACAAAACUGCCAGGAGGAGACAAAAUGUAAGUACAACUCUUGCCAUAAUGGAGGUACUUGCACAGAACUCGACGAUGGCUUCCAAUGCACAUGCGCACCAGGUUUUCAAGGACGUACUUGCAAAGAGCGCACGUCUUGCUACAGCGGUCCAUGCAAGAAUGGCGGAACUUGCUUAGAGACAGUAGAAGGCUUUACUUGCAUCUGUAAAGCACAUUGGAGUUGUCGCGACUGUUCAUGCCAUGUUUCACCGUAUCUUGAGGGUGAACAAGAGAAGAGAGGAGAUGCCUGUCACCCUAAUCCAUGUCAUAACAGUGGGACGUGUGUCUCUACUGAGUUUGGAUUUAAAUGCUACUGUCCAGUUGGAUACAUUGGAGAUACAUGUGAUACAAAAGACUUCUGUACCUCUGACCCAUGUUUGAAUGAUGGGACUUGUCACCAGACGCCUACUGGGUUCCGCUGUCUGUGUCAGCCUGAGUUUAGAGGCAAAACCUGUGAAAAGGAAAAUCACUGCAAACCAGUAAAUCCUUGUGAAAACGAUGGCUUUUGCAUCGAAACAGAGGACAGCUACAAAUGCCACUGUAAAAUAGGAUAUCAUGGAUAUAACUGUGAAGAAAGACAGUUUUGUAAGCCCAAUCCGUGUAAAAGUGGUGGUGUAUGCCUACCUGACGAGGAUACCUACAUGUGUACAUGUCCCGUAGGGUACAAGGGAAAGAACUGUGAAUUACGAGACCUGUGUUCGUCCGGUCCUUGUUUCAAUAAGGGAACGUGUAUCGACACAGAAGAUAACAACUACAAGUGUUUAUGCACUCAGCAAUGGAUAGGAAACCAAUGCGAAGCUAAGAAUCCUUGUUAUCCCAACCCAUGUUCCAACGACGGACACUGCAACAUAGUGGACGGACAUUUUGAAUGUCACUGUGCUAUAGGAUUCAAGGGAGAGAAAUGCCUAGUGAGAGACUUCUGCAGACCAAAUCCGUGUCGUAAUGAAGGAACUUGCAUCCAGCAUGGACCAGAUGACUUUGAGUGUGAAUGUAAACGAGGCUUCCUCGGAGACAGCUGCGAAGGUGUAGACGCAUGCUAUCAGAAUCCAUGUUUGUUCGGGGGGACUUGCAUGCAAGCCGAGAAUGGCUUCCGGUGUAUUUGUGAGGUUGGACAAAUAGGUCUUACAUGUGAAGCAAAAGAUCCGUGUUUUCCCGACCCGUGUCAUAACAGUGGUGUGUGCAUGGUGCAUCAGGAAGGUAACCACCUUUGUCAGUGUCCUCUUGGAUUUGCUGGUCAGCUAUGUGAAGCUCUAGAUCCAUGUGAACCGAACCCUUGUGAUAACAACGGCACGUGUGUUAAUGUUGGCAAGUCUUACAAAUGUAAAUGCACCGAGGGAUAUGUUGGGAAAAACUGUGAGAUCAAGUCCAAGUGUAUUCCCAAUCCAUGUCAUAAUGAUGGCACUUGUCGUGACAUCAUCACAACAGGUCGUGGUUACGUCUGCUACUGUAGUAUCGCUUACAUUGGACCAACUUGUGAAAAGCUGAACCUCUGCCAUCCCAACAAUCCUUGCAAGAAUGGUGGUACAUGUAAAACUGACGGGAUUAAUCUAGGAUGCAAGUGCAAGCCGGGAUACCUUGGGUCAAAUUGCGAACAGCUCAAUUUCUGUUAUGGCAACCCUUGCAAGAAUGGCGGAACGUGUACUCCCAAACUAGACGGUUUCGAGUGUGAUUGCCCUGAGGGGCAUUAUGGGAAAAUAUGUGACGCUCUAAGCAGUCCUUGUUUGCCUUCCCCGUGCAAGAACGAAGGGCUCUGCUCCGAAGUCAAGAACAAGGAUGGAUAUAUUUGUAUCUGUAAACAAGGGUUCAUUGGAAAAACGUGCGACCGUCGCGAUAAAUGUUCUCCAAAUCCAUGUCUAUACAACGGAACAUGUCUUCAGGCCCAGACCCGCCUCGGCUAUCACUGCCUGUGUCACAAAGGGUGGCAUGGGUACCACUGUGAACGCAUUGACCGAUGUUAUCCCAACCCUUGUAUGAAUGGAGGUUCGUGUUUCAACUCUGAAGAUGCUUUCUCUUGUCAAUGUGCUGACCAGUAUAUGGGGAAAAGAUGUGGAGUCGACAAGUGCGUCAGGUGUGGUGUUAACGCUAGAUGUAUCAAAGGAACAUGUGAAUGUAAUCCAGGUUUUAUAGGCAACGGGUUUACUUGUACUGCAUCUGGCGACCCUUGCUUACCGAACCCCUGUGAAAACGGUGGACUAUGUACCCCAGGGCAUGGCGGGAAGGUGUUCCAGUGCGCAUGUCGUCCAGGAUUCCAAGGAGAAAAAUGCGAAAUUGGCUUAAGCGCGUGCAAGUCUCGUCCAUGCCUGAACAAUGGCGUGUGUGUGGACGCGACUAACAACAAUGGUAGUCUCCUGGAGGGAGUUGUCUUGUCUAGUUCAGCAGACUUCAAGUGUGUUUGUCCCAAGGGAUACGCUGGAGAUACCUGUGAUAAACUAGUUCUCAAGAAUCCCUGCAUCGCACACCCUUGUCAAAACGGAGGAACGUGCUAUGAUGACACUAACAGCCAAGGGAUGGAACUGAAGCUAAUCAAUGCACUAGACUAUCGAUGCUUUUGUCCUGCGAGCUACAGUGGGAAGAAUUGCCAAGUUCCUCAGCCAGCAUGUCAGUCCAGCCCUUGUAUAAAUGGAGGAACAUGUAUCGACCCUUCUAAUACCGCAGAUGUAGCAUUCAAUGCUAAUGGGUAUAAAUGUCUAUGCCCUACGGGAUAUGCAGGCAUCGAUUGUGAAGUUAUCCUCGUAAGACAAGCCCAGCCAGCCAGAGUAAAUGUAGGACAGACGGGUUUACUUAAUGCCAAUCAGAUUGUAAAAGUGCCGAAUCCAGGAGCCAAUAUCGAAGCUUAUACUAAACCAGAAGUAGAAGAACCAACGUUAGAAAAUGAAGGAGCUACGUACCAAUUAUCUACAAAAGCCAAUGCCCAAGGCAAUUCCUUGAGUGGAGGUCCACCGUCAUCGUUUCCAAAGCCAGGGAAACUCGUCCAGCCUACAGCUAUGGGUCCCCCAACAGCAUCUCCAUCGUCGUUUACUUCUUCAAAUGAAGAAUCAAAUGAGUUGCCCGACAUGGUAGCUAAUCCCCCAGAGAACGUACUGACGGAAUCGUUCGCCCCGUCUCCGGAGAUCUUGAUGCCACCGGGUAUUCAGCCCCCGGACAUCCCGGUUACCAGAGAGAUAGUAGCUCAAGCACAAACUCGAAAACCUGCACCAAAAGCGUAUAGGUAUACUGCUUUGUCACGUGAUAGGGGAUACGGUACCGUAUACCCGUAUGUCUAUCCGGGAAGUCCUAGUCCAAGUGGCCAAGGAAGAGCAUUUUAUAAUGACCAGCCGUCUUCAGCGGGGUCAUCAACCUUGCUCAAUCAAAACAGUAAUGGAUACCAAUACAACACAGCCAAUGGAAGGGCGUUGCCCUUAGCGACAAACUAUGGAGCGUACUAUCAACAUGGGGCUGGUCAGAGGAGUACUUAUAAAAACCCAGUAAGUUACUCAAACAGCUGGGGUGGACAGCCGUACGUUGCAUAUAUAGAAAGUAAAAACAAAGAUGAAAGCGAUGGACUGCUGUUAGGACGCACCAGAAGAAAAGAAAAAGAACAACAGAGAGAAAAACGAGAGAAACACUACACCCGUCACUCGUCCGACAAAAAUCAUCAUUAAAAAAUUCUAAAU